GCUGAUGGACAAUUGAUAUGUUUACACGUGAGGUGACUCUGAUGUUGUAAAAUAUUAGUUUAAAUUCCAAAUACCGCAGUUUAAAGUGUUAUUACAACAAUAUUAAGACAUUUACGAUUUAGUAUCCGUUUUAAAAAUAAUAUUUAUAUCAAUAUGAUAAAAGUAGAAGCAGUUUAAUGAUCGUUAUCGAGCUGCCAAAGUGUUUGCUAAAUUUUGUGAAAAUCUUAGGUUUAAAAUGGGAAAAUUAAAAAAGAAGUACAACUGGAAAGGGAGGCAACAAAAUGAAACUCGGCCAGCAACAGCAGAGAAGACUGAUGUUGUUGUUGARAUACAAGAUGGAGCUCAGCUGAAAGGUGUGGACGAGAGCAACGCUCUGGUUCUUCCAGCCUCCAGAUCUAAGAAGAAAAAGGAAAUAUCAAAACCAGUUUCCACCAAGAAGCUGCUGACAAAGAAGCAGAAGAAAGAGCUGCAGAAGGUUCUGGAGCGCAAGGAAAAGAAAGCUCAGAGAGGAGACAUCCUGAAUAAACUGGCUGAGGUGCAGCUUCCAGAGUCUGAGCUGAAACUUUUGUACACAACAUCCAAACUGGGAACAGGAGAGAAACUUUAUCAAAACAAACAGUCAUCAGAUGAAGUCGAGGGAGACUCUAGUACAAAAAUCAGCAGCGUCAGCGGUGCAAACAGAAAGAGAAAAUGGGAAGAAGAGGAGGAAGAUAAUGAGGAGCGAAUGGCAGAAGAAAGCAGUUAUGAGGAUACAUCAUCUGAGGAGGAGGAGGUGAACAACACCAUGGAGGAAAGUGGGUCUAAGGAGACCAGUCCUCGAAAAGAGACUGAAGCCAAACAGGAAGUGAAGCCCRAGCAGAAGGUCACAGAUAAACCAAAAGUGAAGAUUCCUGAUCAGAAGAAAGUCAUAAACAAAACGCCUUCAGAGCCGGCGGUCUUCAUUCCCGUCGACAGGUCACCAGAAAUACAGGAGGCUCGUCUGAAGCUGCCCGUGUUGGCAGAGGAGCAGGUCAUCAUGGAGGCGGUGAGAGAAAAUCCCUGCGUCGUCAUCUGUGGGGAGACGGGGAGCGGAAAGACCACGCAAGUGCCUCAGUUUCUGUAUGAGGCAGGUUAUGCCAGCGGCAGCGGGAUCAUCGGCAUCACCGAGCCGAGGAGAGUGGCAGCUGUCAGCAUGUCUCACAGAGUGGCCAAAGAAAUGAACCUGCCCACACAAGUUGUGUCGUACCAGAUCCGAUACGAAGGCAACGUGACGAGCGACACAAAGCUCAAGUUCAUGACGGAUGGUGUCCUGCUGAAGGAGAUUCAGAAGGACUUUCUGCUUCAGAGAUACAGUGUAAUAAUCAUAGACGAGGCUCAUGAACGGAGCGUUUACACAGACAUCCUCAUCGGGUUGUUGUCUCGUAUCGUCCCGCUCAGGAUCAAGAAAGGCGUGCCCAUGAAGCUGCUGAUCAUGUCGGCUACUCUGCGAGUCGAGGACUUCACGCAAAACCCGAAGCUGUUCAGGACGCCUCCGCCUGUGGUCAAAGUGGACGCCCGGCAGUUUCCCGUCACCAUUCACUUCAACAAACGAACUCCGCUGGAGGAUUACACCGGAGAGGCCUUUCACAAGACCUGCAAAAUCCACCGGAUGCUGCCUCCAGGGGGGAUCUUGGUGUUUCUGACGGGUCAGGCUGAGGUUCACAGUCUCUGCAGAAGACUCAGAAAAGCUUUCCCCUUUAGGAGAGGCAACGCGACCACCGCUGAAGAUGAGGACUUGGACUCGUCUGAGGCCAUGAGGAAGUUCAAGAAGGCCAAACAGAAGAAGGCUGUUUCUCUCCCUCGGAUUGACCUGGAUAACUACUCAGCCCUGCCRGUGGACGAGGGGGACGAGGACAGAGAUGCUGGGAUCGGAGACAAGGAGGACGGAGACUCAGACCUCGACCUUGGAGACAGUCCUGCUGAUGCUGAGGAGAAAGCAGACCCAUCCAUCCCUCUGUAUGUUCUCCCUCUGUACUCUCUGCUGGCCCCUGAGCAGCAGGCUAAGGUGUUCAGGCCUCCUCCGCCCGGGACCCGUCUCUGUGUCGUGGCCACAAACGUGGCAGAAACCUCCCUGACCAUCCCCGGCAUCAGAUACGUGGUGGACUGCGGCCGGGUGAAGAAGCGUUUCUACGACAGAGUGACAGGAGUGUCGUCCUUCAAAGUCACCUGGACCUCCCAGGCCUCGGCCAAUCAGAGAGCGGGUCGAGCCGGUCGAACGGAGCCGGGGCACUGCUACAGGUUGUACUCCUCUGCUGUGUUUGGAGACUUCAGUCUGUUCUCGGAGGCGGAGAUCACUCGCAGACCYGUUGAGGAUCUCAUUUUACAGAUGAAGGACCUCAAUAUAGAGAAGGUGAUUAAUUUUCCUUUUCCCACUCCUCCRUCCACUGAGGCUCUGACGGCUGCAGAGGAGUUGUUGGUCUCGUUGGGAGCUCUUGAAGAGCCACCUCGAACCGGAAGGGUGAAAGAGCUGCAGCGAGCGAAGCUGAGCUGUCCCAUCACUCCUCUGGGCCGGGCGAUGGCCUCCUUCCCCGUGGCUCCACGCUACGGGAAGAUGUUGGCGCUCGGGAAGCAGCAGGACUGCCUGCCGUACGUCAUCGCUGUGGUGUCAGCCAUGACUGUUCGAGAGAUCUUUGAGGACCUCGACAGACCUGCUGGGAGUGAAGAGGAAAACUCGAAGCUAACUCAGCGUCGAGCCCGACUGACCCAGAUGAGAAGGCUGUGGGCCGGACAAGGACCUUCACUCCUCUURGGGGAUCUUAUGGUCAUGCUGGGUGCUGUCGGUGCUUGUGAAUAUGCAGGCUGCACUCCCAGGUUCUGUGAGGACAACGGACUCAGGUAUAAAGCCAUGMUGGAGAUCCGGAGGCUGCGAGGUCAACUUACCAAUGCGGUGAACUCAGUGUGCCCAGAGGUGGGAGUGUUUGUGGAUCCUAAGAUGACUCCGCCAACAGAACAUCAGGUGACUUGUYUGCGACAGAUCGUUCUGGCCGGACUGGGAGACCAUGUGGCGAGGCGAGCCCAAGUCGAGGACGUGUUGGACCCCAAAUGGAAGAACGGAUACAAGACWCCUCUCAUGGACGACCCAGUGUUCAUUCAUCCCAGUUCUGCUCUGUUUAAAACACUGCCAGAGUUCGUCGUCUACCAGGAGAUCAUGGAGACCUCCAAAAUGUACAUGAGAGGUGUGUCAGCAGUCGAACCUGAGUGGAUCCCACAGUUCCUGCCUCAGUACUGUCACUUCAGUCCUCCCCUGGAGAAGCCGGCACCAAGUUUCUGCUCCUCCACCGGCACCAUCCGAUGUCACAGGCCAAGCACCUUCUUUCGUGUUGGCUGGAAGCUCCCUGCAGUGGAGGUGGAGUAUCCAGAGGGUCUGGAGCGCUACAAGCUGUUCGCCAGGUUUCUACUUGAGGGACAGGUUUGUCCCAAACUUAAAAAACACACUGGCCACSUUCUCUCAAACCCCUCCAUCUUGAUGAAAACGUGGGCAAAACUACAGCCGAGAACGGAGGCCUUACUGGGACCACUGGUGUCAAAGAAGAUUGACCGCAGAGAGGCGCUCCUCUCUGCCUGGAAGACUGAAGAAAAAUUUCUGUUGUCUGCAUACUGCCAGUGGUUGCCUGAGGCCUUGCACCAGGAAGUGGCUAAAUUCUGGCCUCCUGUUUAAAGACCGGCAACAGAGCCGACUUCUACAAAGAAAGUCUCAAACUCUGCUGUUUUUAAACAUUUGAUCAAAGUGUAACAAUAAUGUUAUAUAAUUACAAUAAUGCAACACCUAAUUUACUUAGAUUUUUUUUUGUAUGUUGUGUCUACUACCAAUAGUUAUUUCAUUAAAGAAACAUUUCUGUCAGUGCUCUAUAAUAACUUUAUCAUCGUGUUGCUGUUUGUAAUUUUUUAUCUAACUUUGGUCUUCAUAAGACUUCAUAAAAUUUUGAUGUGACAGAAACUGGUGUUGGAUUUAUUUCUGCUUCCUAUCAUCUGUGACUCACAAAAAUGUAAAAAGGAAUUAACCAUUGUAUCAAACUUCAUGUGUUUUGAAAGAUGAAAAAGAAUUAAUUUCAUAUCUGUCCAUUUUAUAUACUUUAAUAAUGACAUGGUUUAGAAGAAGGACAAAUACAUUUCAGACAGUGGACAUGAUUUACCAGUCAGGGGUUGUUUGAGAAAAAGAUGGUCAAGAUUUUAAAAAAGUAUUUUUUUAACAAUCAGAUUUAUCAGAUACAAUCAAUGUAUUGGAUUUCUGUAUUUUUUCUCUAUGGUCUUUUUGUAAAAGUUGUAAACAAAUGGGCUUUGCUUUGUAAAUCUUAAUAUCUGUUUUAAAAAUGUUCAAAGACCAGAUUAAAACUCUACAGUAAGCAUCA